CACCCAACUCAGCCCCCGACUCGGACGACCGCGUGUGCAAGGACACGCCUGGGAGUGGAAUGCGUCUUUGAUGUCUACUAUCAAUAGCUACUCGGCAGUGCGUGAGAAGGGCCUGCCGCUGCCGCUGCCGCCCCUCCUGCACCUGUGGUCGUUCAUGUUCACUACGUUGCCGUUGCUAUCGGCAAACUCAAUGGAGCCACCGCCAGACGCGUGGAAGCUGUCUCUGCCGGCAUAGUAGUAGUAGAUAGGACUUGGAUAUGGCUCUGCCCUGUGCAAGGAUCUUGUUGAUUUGGUAAUAACACACAACUAAUUAAUACAGUACAUAAACUGAGCAUGCUGGUGCUGUUGGACCGGCUUUUCACUGGUGUGCAUGGUGUCCGGUAAGAUUUGGCAAAUCGCGGCCUGCAAAUGUCCGGUAAGGGGCGCCGGGGACUAUUGUCCGGUAGAUUUCAGGCAUUGUCCGGUAGGGUACGGCACUUGUCCGGUAAGUCUGGUGACUUGUCCGGUAGGUUUUGGAUUGUCCGGUAACUUUGUUUUCCCAGAGUGGCGGUCACCCUGAUAAACCGAUGGUCAGCGUCGGUCAGCAUCGGUUACGAUUGGUAGGGGUUGGCCGCACGGUAAAACAUCGGUUAACAUUGGUAAAAUGGUCACUUCCCGGUAACCCAUUGGUAU